UCUGUUUGUAACAGACAUAAUCAGAAUAUCUUGGACUCUUCAUUUGGUACAACUACAGGGAAUGCACUAUUCAGUAGUCAGUGAAUUAAUCUUUUCAGGUAAGUAUUGCUGAUUUAUAAUUGCUGAAUUUCAUGCAGCUUUCAAGUCCUUCAAGGGUCAACAAUAGUGUUAAUCGUUAGACUAGCUGUUGGAGCCUAAAUUAUGUGCUCAAAUAUUUUACUGUCGCUGCUUGCUAUAUAUAGGCUAUGUUUUCCGUAGAUUUUUGUUUUGUCAAAUUGAAGGAUGAAUAUAACUGAAAUUUGUAUAACUUGGGAAUUUUCUGAUUCUAUUUCACAUAUAGUCUUAUAGCUACAUAUAUUCUUAUACAGAAAUACAAAACAAUGGAAACUCCGAAGAAAUUCAAAUUUUUAAUUCAACGUUUCGACUACUGUUGAGUCAUCAUCAGGAAUUAUGAAAGCUACUAAAAUGUUACAAGUUAUAUUAUAAGUAUGGGUGUGCAUGAUAUAAGAUGAUCGCGGCUAAUCUGUCAACAAGUUCUAAUUAAAGAUAACAAGUUCUUUUGACGCUAAAGUCCCAUGGUUUAAUUCACGAUGCUGUCUGUGGAUAUAUAAAGCUUUUUUAUAUAGAAGAAGCGACCAGUUCAUAGAUUUAUCAAUAAUUACAGUAUUGUUAAGAACAAUUUGAGGUAGUAGUUCUAGGUUGUUAAAAGGUAAAACUAAUAGUGGAUUUAAAUUAUAAAAGUGUUCACACGAAUUAAUAUGUCUAAAAAUCUCAGAGUCUUUCGAAUCAGAAUGUUCCAUUAAGCUAGUGAUAAGGCAUCUAUCUGUUUUGCCAACAUAAGAAUGUGAGCAGCAGGGACAACAUAUCAAUUCGUGUGAACACUUUUAUAAUUUAAAUCCACUAUUAGUUCUAUCUUUUAACAACCUAGAACUAGGCCUACUACCUCAAAUUGUUCUUAACAAUACUGUAAUUAUUGAUAAAUCUAUGAUAAUCAAUACUGUAAUUCUACUAUAUAAAGAAGCUUUACAUAUCCACAGACAGCAUCCUGACUUAAACCAUGGGACUAAAGCGUCAAAAGAACUUGUUAUCUUUAAUUAGAACUUGUUGACAGAUUAGAUCAUCUUAUAUCGCACCUGUACUUAUUAAAACUUGUAAAAUUUUAGUAGCUUUCAAAUAUCCUGAUGAUGACUCAACAGUAGUCGAAACGUUGAAUUAAAAAUAUGAAUUUAUUCGGAGUUUCCAUUGUUUUGUAUUUUAUAUUAGAAUACUCAGUGGUUAUCGAAAAUUUCUUAUACAGACUGACCUAACUUUACACCAACUUAUAUUUAGUGCAGUUGCAUUCUCAAAUUUUGUUCAUCAGCAUUAAAUUUUACGCAACAAAAUAUAGUUUAAAAUAGGUAUUAGAAAGCUAACGUUUCGUCUUUAACUUAAGACAUCUUCAGAGCAAUGACAUACAAAGCGCAAGACAUAGAAAUAUGAAUAAAUUACAACUAUAUUUAAAAGAUAUUAUAUUACAAAAGUAGAAAAAGGAGUGGAUCAGACGGUACCUUUUGGCAGCUAGAAACGCAUAUAGGUUCAGGCAUAAUCAGCAAUAUGAUACCUUACUUCCCAUCAUCCCCUGCAGGCAUAAACUGAAAGCUGGAAUUGCCUAUAGGGUGCGGGCGAUGCAUAAUAAAGAAACAUGAUAUUAUACAGUCAGCAUUAUGAUUAAAAUAAAUAAUUGGUUUUUGCAUAGAAAUCGUAAUCAAAAAAGAGAAUGAAGACCACAAUCUUCCUCGUUGCCUUUGUGGUGUUAGCCAUACCCGCAACAAUUGAAGCCCUCAGUUGUCUUCGCUGUGAAGAAGUAACAUGCACUCCGGCAAACAAACUAAAGUGCAAAGGUGGACUCACACGAAGUAUAUGUGGCUGUUGUGACGUGUGCGCCAAAGUCGGAGGGGAGAAAUGUGGUGGACUUUGGAACAUGCAUGGAACAUGUGAUAGUGGUUUGAAGUGUUAUAAGGGGCGAAAGGUUAUCAUUUCUUAUGGAGUUGGAGUAUGUAUAUCCAAGUAAGUAUGUUUUGUAUGUAGCAGAUGUUGUCCAAACGAACAAUUUGUAUCAUGACAAUUGCGAGCAGAAUUAUCAAAUUAAGUUUGUACACUGUGGGUAUAAUAGUAUCUGAAUGAUUUCUAGUGAAACCUAAACAAAGAUUAUAAAAAAUACAAAGAGAAAAAAGACCAACCGCAUGAAAAGUUUUAGAAUGUAUCUCAUUAUUAAUAUAAUUCACUCAUGCAGAAAACACUUAGCAAAACAAAAAAUGAAAUUGGCUUUCACUAUUUGCCGUAGUUUUCAUAUAAAAGCUGUUUUAACAAGUUAUGCAUCGUGUGUUUGAAGUCGUUUUUAAAUGCAUGUAGAAAUGAAAUAUUUCAAACAUUCAGGCAGCUAAUAAGCAUAUUAAUUAUUAAUCUCGGCUAUAUGUAUAAUAUUAAUUAACAUAGCCUGAGUACCAGGUUCUAUUUUACAAACAGAGGCCGACACAAGCUUUUAAUUAGGUUAGCCUCCGCCGACAGGGAAGUAUAUGUAGGCUAUUUUAGUAUUCAAUCAAAAUACCUUAAGAGGAAUGACAAUUUUACACAACAACAACAUUUACGGUCGAAUUAAUUAUAGUUAAAACUACUAAAUAAUAUCAUGCGGAACAAUAUUAUAACUUAUUUAGUACCAUAUAUAACCAAUAAAAAAUAGAUUACAUUUUUUUGUCUGAUAGACUAAUCACGUGAAAAGCAAUAUUUUGGCUUUUUUACAUGAGGACAGAUAUUUGUGUCAGGCCCUCUUUUCUCUUCCCUCCAUGCGCAUUUAAGGAAGAGAAAAUAGAGUUUGAUAUUAAGGCUUACAAGCAUAAUCACUGAAGAGUAGUUUCGUACGCGGUCAAUAAAAUUGCAUAUGGAUUCUUUCAUUUUAUAGUGAACGAUCUUAAAAGUGGAAACUACGCCAAGAAUAUACCUGCCACAGCCAGCUGUUUUAUUAUUAUCUGUUAUAUCGUAUUAUUAAUCUAGUUGUACUUUGUAUAGUUUCAUAGUCUGUCAAGAUAUGAUGGUCUGGAAGCCAGGCAAAUGUCAAAGCUACAAACUAGAAGACUUUGUUUGAUGUUGAACUUUACCUCUUCGUGCACAAAUUCUUUGUCUCAACUUCAUUAAAUAUUGUUCAUCAUGCACAGUUGCACGUUUCAUCUCAGCUAUUCCUAUUGGACUAUUAGUCGAAUUGUAUGAAAAUACAAUGAAUUAACAUCAAUUCAGACAAAAACAUAACACAGUGAAUUUUGUUUACUAUCCAGCUAGGCCAUCAUAUCUUGAUACAGACUAAUUGAAUACUUUGAAGUUGCCCAGAUCUAUGUAUACAAUAAUACAUAAAGAUGCAUGUCAGUUAUAAUUGUAUUAGAUGACAAAAGUCAAAAGUCGACAAAUACAUUUUUCUUAAAAAUCCUCAGGUUAUUUCAAUAUAUCACAGGCACAGUUCAACCAC